AAUACAGGUUCAUCAAGUCAGACUCAACAUACUUUAAUCAGCAAUUGUUAAAUAAUGUCACUGUCGUUGAAAGAGUUAAGCAACUUAUUGGGUUUUCUGCAAGAAGAAGAGAUAGCAAAUCAACAAUUUGAAAGCUUUUCGCCAGCCUUGCAAAAAGCAGGUUUUAAUAAACAGGAUCAUUUCCGAGUUGGUUCAUCAGUGGUACUUCUGUUACAACACAAAGACCUCCUACCCGGCCAACACCAAAGACUUGCUGCUAUUUAUUUACUCUUUGACAUGUAUAAGAACGAGCCCAUGGCUGCCAAUCCUUUUGCUCCGGUGUUUAUUCAUCUACUGCAACCUGGUGGACAAGAUGAACAGAGCUCGAAAAAUCAUUCCUACCCAACUGCGUUUGGUAAAAUACCAGCACUCACUCCACAGGAAAAAUCUUUUCUCUCACAGUUAGUAGCUGGCCCAAAUAAAGACCUUCUAAAGAAGUCACCAACAACAAUCCUAUCAAAUAAAAGUGGGUCGAACCAUAAUUUUGAUUUGAGUGGUCUUCAGUUAUCACUAGUUGAGAAACAAUCACAACUUCCUACAACAAACAAAGCUGGAAUAUCUUGUGUUAUUUCAAAUCCAGAUGUUUUGGACACUACUCCUGUAAAUGCCAAAUCGAAACAAAAAGUGAUUGAAUCGUUACUCACUGGUCACAAAGCUCCGACGAUGCAGAAUCUUCGUCCAGAGUUCAUCCGUCCAGCUCCUCCUCUUCACCCUUGCAUGGAUGAGUUGGUUUGGAUGAAUCCCAGUGAUUAUUCUUGGCACAAUUUCAUGUGGGACACCAGCAUGGGGCAGAACAUAAACACAGGUGUUGAAGUAAAGAGACUCAUGGCAAAAGCAUUCAAAAAUCCACUAACAGUGCCACAGCAGAAUCAACUUCUACAAGAGCUAAACAAUGAUCAGAAACUUGUGUACCAUGUUGGUCUAACUCCCGCCAAGUUGCCAGAUCUUGUGGAAAACAACCCUCUGGUUGCAAUUGAAGUACUUUUAAUGCUCAUGCAAUCAAGUCAAAUCACAGAGUAUUUCACAGUGUUGGUUAAUAUGGAAAUGUCUUUGCAUUCAAUGGAGGUUGUAAAUCGUUUGACCACAGCUGUUGACUUGCCCACAGAGUUUAUUCAUCUUUAUAUUUCUAAUUGUAUUUCAACGUGUGAGACUAUCAAAGACAAGUACAUGCAGAAUCGCUUGGUGCGUCUUGUUUGUGUUUUUCUUCAAUCUCUUAUUCGAAACCGGAUUUUAAACGUCACAGAAUUAUUUAUUGAGGUCCAAGCCUUUUGCAUCGAAUUCAGCCGAAUAAGGGAAGCUGCUGGAUUAUUUCGAUUGCUCAAACAACUUGAUAAUAGUGAGGCAGAGAAUGUGAAAAAAUAAAUUUAUUUCGUUGAGA